AUGUUGUCAUUCCCCGUCCUCCUGCUGUUCUCCAGCACCGUCUCGGCGACACACCUCGCCCUCCACCGCCGGGCAUCCAACAGCAACAAUGCACCUGGCAAAGAUGCAUCAACGCUCACGAGCACCCUCUUCAACACCGUCUUCGACGUCCACAUCACCAUCGGCAGUCAAAUUGUCCCGGUGCUCGUCGACACGGGCAGCAGCGACACAUACGUUAUGCGCCAAUCCUUCACCUGCAUCAACAAAACCACCAACGCCAUCAUCCCACGGUCAUCGUGCCUGUACGGCCCGACCCUCUACGACCCGGGGGCGAGCCAGACAUACCAAGCCAUCUCGAACGAAUCCUUCGGCGUUGUCUACGGCGCGGGCAUCGCCUCGGGUCUCAUGGCCACCGAAACGAUCACUCUCGGCGACUUGACGGCCCACAACGUCACGGUCGGGGUCGCAGACACAUCGACGCCCAUGGGCGACGGUCUCAACGUCGGCCUUCUGGGCCUGGCGUACCCGGCCCUCACGUCGGCGCAUCCGGGACCCAUAUCCAACACGCCCAACGACACCUUCUACGCGAACCGCCUGCCGUACGACCCCAUAGUCUUUACGAUGCGCGACCAGGGCCUUCUCGAGUCUCCGAUCUUCUCCAUCGCCCUGGCGCGGACGCCGCAGAACGACUCGACGGGUUUCGGCGGGUACCUGUCCCUGGGCAGGCUACCGCCCGUGCAGCACGACGCAGCCUUCACCACGGUCCCCGUGGAAAUCACUUCCGUCAUACCGCUCAACGCCACCUCCGGCCAAAGGGUGAGGUCAUACUGGACGCUCAGCGUGUCGGAUGUCGUCGUUCGCAACACUUCGAGCCCCUCCGGCGUGUCCUCCCUGCUGGCUGGGACGACCAAUGCGUCUCUCGCGGAUGCAAACACCACGACGACGAACACGUCGUUCCAAGCGUUCGUCGACUCGGGGAACGACUUCACCUUCCUUCCAGGCCCGGCGGUGUCGCAGAUCAGCUCCCUCUUCUCCCCGCCGGCCGUCUACGAUCCGACGAGCCAACUGUACGUCGUAGACUGCGCGGCCGUGGCGCCGCAGAUCGGCGUGACCAUAGGCAACGACACCUUUUUCCACGACGGACGAGAUUUGAUUUACCAGACCGGCGAAGGGGCCGACGGACUAUGCGUGUCGAGCAUCGCGAGUGCAGACAGCGUUGCCAUCGGGGAGAUAAGCAUAAGCAUCCUCGGUGUGCCGUUUAUGAAAAACGUGGUUUCCGUCUUCGACAUCGGCAACAACGUGAUGAUUUUCGCCAAGUUGAAGGGAGACGUGACGCAGGGCGGCAGCGGCAGCACCGACGGGAGCAGUGGCGGGAAUGGCACCGGCACCGGCACCGGCACCGGCAACAGUACCGCGGUGCCCAACGCAGCGACAGGUGUUUACUCGUUCAAACCUCAAUCUGGAGGACACUUCCUCCUGAUGCACGUGGCCAUCGCUGUGUCGGCCGUAUGUGUUGGGCUGGGCAGUCUGUCGCUCUAA